AUGGAGGUCGAGGGAAUGGGGUGCAGCAGCCGGAGGACGGAGACGAGAAUGUACAGGCGCCGGGAAGAAGGAGGAAGUGUCGUCGGCAAAGGAGCUCGACCUACUACUCGGCGCACUCGGCUCAGAACCGCCCGAGGCAAAGGCCGUGGAGGCGGUGGCGCCAGGAAAGGUAAGGAGAAGGGAAUGCUGGCGGAGGAGGAGAAGUCGCCGGCGACGGGGACGGCAACGGCGACCGGUGGCGUGGAGAAGAAGCGCUCGUUCAAGUGCAACUACUGCCAGCGUAAGUUCUACACCUCGCAGGCGCUGGGUGGCCACCAGAACGCGCACAAGCGCGAGCGCUCGCUCUCCAAGCGCUGCGCCGCCGCGGCCGCUGCCGCAGCAGCUGCGGCGGGGCGCGGGCUGUACGGAGGCGCCGACCCCUUCCUGCCGCCGCACCACCUCCGCUUCCAACACGCCUGGCCGUACUCCGCCGGCGGCAGCAGGCCGUCGCCGUUCCUUGGGUUCGGACGGGGCCCUGCUGCGGCACCGUUCUACGGUAUGCACCACGGGUGGGCCGUGCAUGCGCAGACGCAGUCUUCUAUGGCGGGGCUCACCCGCCACACCGGUGCCGACCGCCCAGUCUACACGCCUCACGGCUACGGCUACGGCUCCGGCUCCUCGUCGAGGGCCCCUGCCCCAGCCGUCCUUGACUCCACGAUGUCUGGGCUCCGAUGGUCCGGCGCCGUUGACAGUGGCGCUGCCGCCAGCGGCGCACAUGAAGUGCCGACGCAGGAGGAGGAGGAGGAGCAGAGUUGCAAGAUAGACCUAAACCUCAGGCUCUAG